AUGCCUUAUGUGACGGUCUGCGCCUUGUGUUUCAGCAGGAAACGGCAUCAGAGGUGGACGCUGAGCUUCGCAGCCUUCGUCGCCGUGGCCUUGCAGACCGUCCACAGCGCCCAAGCGAUGGACUCGCUGCUGGAGCGGCACGACCUGCUGCGGCAGGUGAAGGACUCGUCGGUGGAGACGGAGCCCGGCCUGGACGGCUUCCCCGCGUUUCCGCUCUCACCCACCACCGACUUCAGCUCGCCGGCCGAGGACUCGCUGCCCGCCGAGCUGUACCCAGAGUUCGCGAUCAACGCCGUCGUCAAGCCGUCCGACGACCAGGGCGGCUACCUCUUCUCCGUCACCGAUCCCGGAAAUGAGAAGGUGCUGCUGGGCCUCAAGAUCGGGCCGGCGGAGGGCGACCAGUCUCGCGUGACCAUCGAGCGGAACGGCGAGGAGGCGGCCAGCUUCCUGGUGCCGGCGCUGGGGCAGCGCUGGUCCAAGCUGGCGUUCCGUGUCACCCCGGGCAAUGUGACGCUCUUCCUCAACUGCAAGCAGCACGGCGAGCCCGUGGCGGCCGGCGGCGCGGGAGGGCCGCUGCCCCUGCCCCAGGGCUCCACACUGCGCCUUGGAGGGCCCAAAGCCUUCACGGGCGUCGUCCAGGAGCUGCGAAUCUUCGGGGACCCGUCCGUGGCUGCCGACAAGUGCGACGAUUCCUUCCUGGGGGCGCUGAAUUCCGUGGAGCCGCAGGACGACUUCCUCGAGGGCGACGACUGGGACAAUGACGAGGCCAGUACAGGCGGCCCGCCGUUCAUCACGCCGCCUCCUCCGCCAGCACCAGUGGAGAUUCCGGUUCCGGGACCGAAAGGAGAAAAAGGCGACGCUGGCCCUCCGGGUCCACCAGGCGAGUCGGUGCACGGCCCUCCAGGUCCUCCUGGACCACAGGGACCGCCGGGCCCCGUUCCAGAGCUGGACCUUGAGAAGCUUCGUGGACCACCUGGACCACCUGGCCCGCCGGGCGUCUGCGACUGCAAGGAAUCUAACGAAACCAUCUACGACGGUUAUCCCAUUGAAGUAGAACCGGCCCCAAUUCCGGGCUUGGAGACAUCCCCGGGUCCGCCAGGGCCCAAAGGAGACACUGGAGAAGCCGGGCCUCCAGGUCCAGCAGGGCCACCUGGACCACAAGGACCUCCAGGGCUUGACGGAGCGGCUGGUCCACCAGGACCCCCAGGACUACCUGGACCGCCCCCAGAUCCGGAGGAACUCAAGAAGCUGGCGGUUGCCGGACCGCCGGGCCCAGCGGGAGAGAAGGGAGAGGUGGGACUUCCCGGACUGCCUGGAGCGGCGGGCGAGCAGGGGCCGGCGGGCGACGCUGGACCUCCAGGCCUGGACGGCGCGCCUGGACUCCCUGGAGCACAGGGACCUCCUGGGCCUCAGGGUCCUGCAGGACCGAAAGGCGACCAGGGAGCGCCGGGCUUGGACGGCACCCCGGGGAUACCAGGAGCUGACGGCAAGGACGGCGCCAAAGGAGACAGGGGUGAACCUGGAGCGCCUGGCUCGCAGGGUCCUCCAGGGCCCCCGGGACCAGCAUUGGAACCUCCCAGCUUCAAUGAGGUAGCACCAGUUCCAGGACCGAAGGGAGACCGUGGCGAGCCUGGUCCAAAAGGAGAAGUUGGAGCGCGGGGCCCUCCCGGUCACAAUGGCACCGCAGGGGCCAAGGGACCUGCAGGGCCGCCCGGCACCCCAGGGGCACAGGGUCCUCCGGGAGCGAAGGGAGACCGCGGGGACCGCGGGCUGCCGGGCGUCCCUGGAGAGGCCGGUCCCCGAGGAGAGCCCGGGCCUCCAGGCGCCGUGGCCGUGGCGGAGGGCGGCGCGCCGCAGCUAAAGGGCGACAAGGGCGCGCCCGGCCGGCGGGGGCGGCGGGGGCUGCCCGGGCCGCAGGGGCCGCCCGGACCCACGGGGCCAGCAGGGCCGCCCGGCAGGGACGGAUCUCCUGGACCUAAGGGCAACACUGGAGCUCCCGGAAUGCCUGGCCGUGACGGCGUCAAAGGCGACAGAGGAGAAAGCUGCGAAGCUCCCAAGCUGAAGGGCGACAAGGGAGACCCCGGUGUGGGCUUGCCGGGCCCUCCAGGACGCCCGGCGCAGCCCUGCAACUGCAAGACGGCCUACAUACCCGUGCCCGGGCCGCCGGGUCCUCCAGGUCCGCCGGGUCGCCCUGGACUGUCCUAUGAAGGACAGAAGGGGGAGCCAGGGGAACCUUGCAGGAACGGCUUCCGCUUCCUGCAGUACGACGACCCCAGCGCUGGUAAUACAGGUCCCCUGGAGCACGAGAUGUACGGAAACGGCCCACAGUUCCGGCCGCUGGAGGUGAACAGGGAGAGCGAGAAGAAGCCGCACCACAAGGAGCCGGACGUCAAGCUGAUUCCCAGCACCAUCUCGUUCCGCACCAGCAACGACAUGUUCCAGGUGACGGAGACGACGCCGCUGGGAACGCUGGCCUUCGUGCUCGCAGAGCAAGCCCUGCUGGUGCGCGUGGACCCCGGCUGGCAGUACGUGCAGUUGGGCCUGACGGUGACGGCGCCGAGCAAGGCAGCAGCCGCCCCCAACCCCGUCACCACCCCGCGACCUCCACCGCCGCCGCCACCACCCGCGCCACGGAAGCGCCUGCUACACCUCAAGGCCAUCAAUUUCGUCGACGAGCCUAGUCUGCGCCUGGCGGCGCUGAACGAGCCGCUGGCCGGCGAGAUGCAGGGCGUGCGCGGCGCCGACCACGCGUGCUACCGGCAGGCGCGGCGCGCCGGUCUGCGCGGCACGUUCCGCGCGCUGCUCGCCUCGCGCGUCCAGGACCUCAGCUCCAUCGUGCGGCCCUCCGACCGCCGGCUGCCUGUCGUCAACAUCAAGGGCGAGAUGCUCUUCCACUCGUGGAAAGAAAUGUUCAACGGGAAAGAAGGACUGCUGCCCGAGGAUGCAACGAUAUACAGUUUCAACGGGAAGAACAUAGUGAAGGACAGCACUUGGCCUACCAAGAUGGUGUGGCACGGUUCGAGGCCCGACGGCGAGCGCCGCACGGACGCCUACUGCAACGCGUGGCAGUCGAGCGGCGGCGAGGGGCUGGCAGCGUCUCUGGCGUCGCGACGCCUACUGGAGCAGGCGCGCGCGCCCUGCCGCAGUCGUCUCGCCGUGCUCUGCAUAGAAGCCACCAGUCACCUCACCUACCGGCGCCGCCGCAAGACAGACGCAGGUGACGGCAGCGGUGGCGGCGGCGGCGGCGGCGGCGGCGGCGGCGGCGUGGCGGAGGGCAGCGAAGGCGUCCGCGAAAAGGAAGAAGCCGUCCCAGCGCAGGGGGACAGCGGCAGGAGCGAGUAGCGUCCCCACAAGCUGCAAACGAGACGUCGCCUUACAGUCAAACGUGGCGAUAACGCCACAUACCACGAGCACCAGAGGACUAUUGUGAACAAAAACUCAGGUGUCUCCCUCCCCUGUUCUAGCUUCGUUCUCUGCCGAACAAAAUUUCAUAGACACGAAGUGUCAUCGACACACGGCGAGUGUCCCGAGUGUUUGCAUAAACUGGUCAAAAGUGUGUUUACUGUGUGUUUUAAAAUUACGCAGACUCAGUUUUCCAGUGAGUAUGGAACUUCUACUGUGUGCCAAAUGGACCUUACUACUCGUGCAUCAAGUCUUCACCUAGGAACUUCGCAGUCGUACGACAUUGCACUACAGAGCCACUGCUGUAUCAAAAAUCUCACUCCCUCCGCGCAACUUCCUCUUACGAACAUUUUGUCUUGGAUCAGGAUCUCAAAAUUGUAUUGAAUCAGUUUAUGACGUACUUUCAUAAUACCCUCUAGUUGUGAUAACAAACAUCGCCUCCGUAGCCGACUGGUCACUGCUUUGGCUGGAACGAGGCGGAUCUGACAUCGAUUCUUGGUAAUCCAAGGAUUUGUACAUCAAGACCUUACAUAAUACACUCUGCCUCGAGAAGACAGUUGAUAAACUCCUUAAAGCUAAGUAGUCGAUCAGUUUUGUGAAAGUCGACAUUAACGGCCAGAAGAUCUCUGUGUGCAAACCAAAUGUAACUGCAUGACGACAGCCAAUGUCAGUUUCAGAUUCAAAUAUCGGUCAACGUGACAGCAGAGUUUGCAAUUCCCAUACCCUGUUUACUGACAGUCCCAUACACAAUGAGAAUUUUCGUAAACUGAUACAGCUGUGCAUGUUACGUGAAGCAAAGAAUCAAUAAGGCCACAGAGAUUCAGGUGAGGAGCAUCAUUCUGGCGAGUAAGAUCUGGGAAUUUAAAUUCAUUAAUUUAUCAUAGAGUUUGACAUUUGUACAAAGUUCAGAGACCAUCUGCUACUGACGUUUCAAUGCACUGAUUUCGGUGAGUCAUGUCGAAUAGAAACGCAGGAAAUACAACAAACGGCACCAGAAGAAAAUCUAAAAAUGACAUUUCUGUACAACUGAAUAAUUAUUCGAUUACGCACUUGCACAUAACGAACAAGAACUAAUUGCACAAGUUAUCACUGGAAUUGUAUUGCUGGAUUAGUGAUAAAAUUAAGUAAAGAUUAGUGCAGGAGUAUGUUACAGAUGGCACGCGACGUGAUGACGUGCGUGCAACAAUAUACUCAUCAUCCAAGUGAGGAGAAGUGUAUUUUCACGUAACGCUUCUUGAUAUCGAAUUCGUGAAGUAUUUCGCGUAGUGUUUAAAUUCUUUUUGUACUGAUAAAUUAUUUUAGUUACUUAUUAUAUAUAUUGUAAGCUGUAAUUAAAUUAUUUUCAGAAUAAUGUGUAAUAAUAUAUGUGUAUACUAGUCAAUAACAAACUUUAAUCACUGUCCUCUGUAAAAAUCUUUCUUG